AUGCCGUUCUCGGCGGAAAAGGAAAAGUCCCCUGGGCGCCACUCCGAGCGAGAGUCCGGCCACGAGACUCCGAGCCCCUCACUUAGGACCGACGAAGAAAGCGGCAGCGACGAUCUUGCGCCGUCUCACGCAGCCCCUGAGAAGCCGGCGGGCCCUCCGAACGGCGGCCUAAGGGCUUGGCUCCAAGUCUUGGCAUCCUUCUUCAUUUACUUCAAUACCUGGGGUCUCGUCGCGAGUUUCGGCGCAUUCCAGGUUCACUAUGAAGCCGACCUGCUUAAUGAGUACAGUCCCUUCGCAAUCUCCACAAUCGGCUCUCUGCAGAGUUUUUUGAUGGUGUUCUUGGGUUGCUUUGCAGGUCCCAUAUUUGAUCUGGGCUAUGCGCGCCAGCUACUCUGGGCCGGAUCCCUGUUAAUCGUUGUUGGUACUAUCGCCCAGAGCUUCAGCAGCACGCUCUGGCAGCUGCUCCUGUCGCAAGGGCUAUGCAUCGGGACGGGAAUGGGCAGCCUGGCUCUGCUGGCAGUUGCAGUAUUAUCGCCAUGGUUUUCCACGAGACUGCCCGUGGCUCUUGGCCUCGCCGCAGCAGGGAGCGGCGUUGGCGGUCUGGUACUGCCUAUAAUGUUCCGGUCCCUUCAACCCGUUAUCGGCUUCGCCUGGACAGUGCGCACCAUGGGAUUAGUCGCGUUGGCCACCCAGGGCGUCUCCAUCGUAAGCAUGCACACACCCAAAGCUUCACGACAGAGGCGGGCUUGGAUCGACCGCUCCGCUUUUAGCGAUGCCCCCUACCUCCUCUUCGUGGCAGCUUGCUGCCUUGUCUUCCUGGGCAUGUACACCCCGUUCGUCUACAUCCAAGGCUUUGCGCUUCAACGGGGCGCCGCGAGCACCCAAGUCGACAAGUACCUGCUGGCCAUUAUGAAUGCGGGAUCCAUCCUCGGCCGCAUCAUCCCCAAUCUAUUCGCUCAACGGGUCGGGGGUAUGAACCUGCUCAUUGUCGCAGUGCUCAUCAUGUCGAUUUCGGCGCUCUGUCUUAUGACGGUUGAGCACACCGCUGGCCUGGUCGUAACGCUCGCCUUUUACGGGUUCAGCAGCGGGAGCUUUUUUUCCCUCCAGCCGGCAACUUUUACCAAGCUCACGGAGGACCGCAACUACAUUGGCACUCGGAUCGGUAUGGCCUAUGCUGUCAUGUCCUUCGCACUGUUAUUCGGAUCCCCGGUUGGCGGCGCCUUGGUGCGUUCAGUCGGCUUCUACAGCGCCUGGAUAUGGGCUGGCGUGUGCCUCGCACUAGGCAGCGUCAUGAUCGCCUUCUCAAGAGGCAUGGCUAGCGGUUGGAAUUGGAGGAAACCUACAUAA